GACAUCGAUCUCUCUCUCUCUCUCUCUCUCUCUCUCUCCACCCACUGACCGCCACUGUUCCUCUUCCAGAAUCCACCGCCGGGCGGCGAACGACAGUGGUGGCUGGAAUUUUAUAUGAAGAUUGUCAAAGUUGAUAAAUGCACAUGAGUGGCUUGAGUUAAAGAGUCUGCUAAUGGGAUAAUUAGUCUGUCCUGAUUCUGAGCUUGAGAGAAGCUGGAAAGUUGGUUAUGACUAACAUGCUUCUUAAGGUCUUCUUCAAUCAGUAGUGAGAAUUACUGUAUUUUGGCCAUUUUUUCCGGAUACAAUCUCUUUCUUGGGUUGUUCAUUACAGCUGCAUUACGAAAAUGCUGGGAUUAGCAUGCGAUUCUCCUAGGCUGAAAUCUUUGGGAAUGUUUAGAGUGACAAUUUUGCAGAGCGCUCCUUCCCUUUCACCGAAUGAAAUCUUUUGGUUUGGUCCAUUCAACUCUAAUUUACAGAGAAGAUGGAAGAAACCAGUAGAUUCCGCACAAACUCGUUUAGAGAACAGAACAAGAGAUCUCAGGCUUGACAAGCUGAUGAAACAGUUAAAGAAGUUGAAGUUAGUCCUUGGCAUGCAUGAGUUAAUGUCAAAACGGAGGGGUCACUACACAUCUGUGCAACUGCUUUCAAGAUGGAGACACAUUGCUGGAGUGAACAUAGGGAUAGGUGCUUUUCUUCGGAAGUAUCCUCAUAUAUUUGAGAUAUAUACACACCCCGUUAAGAGGAACCUUUGUUGUAAAAUCACCCAAAAGAUGGCCGACUUGAUCGAAGAGGAAGCUAUGGUCAUUAGAGAAUGUGAAGAAGCAGCUGUUCAGAGGUUGAAGAAGCUUCUUAUGAUGUCAGCCAAUGGGACACUGCACAUCCAUGCAUUAUGGCUUAUAAGGAGGGAGUUGGGUUUGCCUGAUGAUUUCAGAAAUUCGGUUCUUCCAAAGUAUCCAGAUGAUUUUAAAGUACUCUGUCCUGAUACUUUGGAAUUGAUAUCCAAAGAUGGAAGUUUGGCUGAAGCAGAGGUCAAGAAAUGGAGGGAGAAAGAGUACAGGGAAAAAUGGUUAAGUGAAGCUGAAACCAAGUAUGCUUUUCCGAUCCACUUUCCUACAGGUUUUAAGAUAGAAAAAGGGUUUAGAGAAAAACUAAAGAACUGGCAGAUGCUCCCUUACUUGAAACCAUAUGAGAACAAAGAUGUUAUUCAGGUUGGCAAUGUACAGCGCUUUGAAAAGCGGGCUGUUGGUAUUCUUCAUGAAUUUUUGUGCUUAACAGUAGAGAAGAUGGUUGAGGUGGAAAGGCUGUCUCACUUUCGAAGAGAUUUUAGGAUGGAAGUAAAUGUGAGAGAACUUCUUCUUAAGCACCCCGGCAUCUUCUACAUCUCUACUAAAGGGAACACUCAGACUGUAUUUCUCAGAGAAGCAUACGGUAAAGAUGGUCUGAUUGAGCCUAACCCUGUUUAUGCAGUACGAAGGAAAAUGCUAGACCUUGUAUUGCUAGGAUGCCGAGACACUAAGUUAAUGUCUCCACUAAAGGAGCUUGAAGAAAGAUGUAAUAAGGUAAGAUGCAGUGGCACAGAAGGUGGUCCAUGUGAUGGAGAUUGGGUUAUUCCAAUCUUGGAAGGUCAUGAUGAACAACCCACUAAUGGGAUGUUCAUGGAAAUGGGAGAACUAUCUGAUGAGGAUAAUCAGGAUUGAUGCACAUAAUAUUUCUAAGAAUGUGAGCUAUUUCUGGCAACUUUGUACAUUUCUGGCAACUUUUAAAGUUGUAAUCUGCUCUGUUUAAUUCUGCACUUAGCUGGAAAACAGGAAUCAAGCAGGCUGUCACAUUUUACAUUCAUAGCCUAUGAUUACAGCUUUACCAGUUCACCUUGCCUGAUGGCAUGAAUCAUUUCUGUUCAGAAUUAAGAUAGGAUGGUCCCGGAAACUUUCUGCUACAAACAGGUGAAGCCAUCGGCACCAGUGCUCAACAUUGUGGAGUGUUCCUACACCUAAGCCUAUUAGCUUCCUUGUACAUAGUGAUGUUAGCUUUGCAAAUCUGAAGAUAAGCCCGGCAGGUUGAUCCAGCAGCCAAAACCAGGAAAGAUGCAGAAGCUGAUCAUGGGCUUCUGAGAGAGGGUGUUCGCUCCUUGGCAGAUUGAGAGUUUAAUAAAGGCAAUAAGUUUUGGUAGUAAUGCAGAAGACUGUAAUUGAUGCAUCUUUUUUCUUCCCUUGCAUUUCUCUGUGUCUGAUAGAAUCAGCUUUUGUAUUACUAUUAUUCUAUGGUUUGUGUUGAUGUUUCAA